GGGGUGUAACGGUACACAAAAAUCAUGAUUUGUACCUCUGUGUUGAAGUCAUGGUUAGGUUCAUUUUCGGUACAGCAAGCCUGUAAGUACUGGUAACCUAACAUUUGCUGACAAUAUGCUGAUGCUAAGCAGAAUUAGUAUUUUGAAAAGGUAUCAAUUAACAUGUGUGUGGGAACUCAAAUAAAAAUAAAAAAACAGACUGUUGAUUACUAUUUGAGACUGCAUUCAGUACAUUCAAUACACAUCUGUAUUGAACCUAACGCCCUGUACCUUAAUGGUUCGGUAGCAAUAUAUGUCUCCUUACACCCCUAUUGAUUAGUGAUGCACUUUUUUGUAGGGGCCACUGACAUUUGUAUAACAAAUUUGUGUGCACUGCAAUGCACAGACAGAUUUCUUAUGAAUUGUAAUUCAGCUGAAUCUUUGGGAUUUUCUUUGAGAUUGAGGUUUCAUGUUACAUGUGCAGUUUUUCAGUAGAUUUUGUAAUGGAAAUGAUUAUUCAUAAAAAUUCCAUAGCUUUUAAAGGUCACAUAGUUCCAUACUUCCUGACAGAAUUGUCAUAAUUAACGUAAUUAAUGACGCUGCUGCUGGUUGACAGCAGGAAGGCCAUCAGAGCUAGGUCCUCAAGAUAGAUAUUAUCUUUCAGUUGAAUAAGUUGUGCUUUGGUCCUAAGAAAAAGUAUGUAUUAGAGUAAAACAUACAGUAAUGUAUUCAAACAUACAGUAACACGUUCUUAAUGCUGAUUUCUUUGUCUUUUAUUUCAUGCGACAGUGUAUCUGUCCAUUUUGUGACUAAAAAGUUAAACAUCCUCUAACAGUACAUUAUGUGUAUUAUCUAGGUUCUCAAAUGGGGGUACGCGUACCCCUGGGGGUACGUGAAGGCACUCCAGGGGGAUGAAGAUCUUUGUGUGGCUGGUGUGGAUUAGCGCACUGCUAAAAGGGGUGGUUGGGGCUCACGGGCGCUAUGCGCAGAAGCUGCUCAACGAUCUGAUGGAGAACUACAGCUCAGCCUUGCGGCCUGUGGACGACACGGACAAGGCCCUCAAUGUCACGCUACAGAUCACACUCUCCCAGAUCAAAGAUAUGGACGAGCGGAACCAGGUGCUGACCACGUACCUGUGGGUGCGUCAGGUCUGGCAUGAUGCUUAUCUGCGGUGGGACAAAGAGGAGUAUGACGGUCUGGAGGUCAUCAGGAUCCCAUCAGAACUCGUCUGGAGGCCAGACAUUGUACUUUACAACAAUGCUGAUGAGGAGAAUAAGGAUGGGCCUCCUGAAACAAAUGUAGUCUUGCGCUACGAUGGCGAGAUUACCUGGGACUCCCCUGCCAUCACCAAAAGCUCCUGUAAGGUGGACGUUGCCUACUUCCCUUUUGACAGCCAACAAUGCAACCUCACCUUUGGCUCCUGGACAUACAAUGGAAAUCAGGUUGACAUCAACCUGGACAAGGACAAGCAGUCCGGCGAUCUGUCCGACUUUGUGGAGAACGUGGAGUGGGAGUGCCACGGCAUGCCGGCCAAGAAGAGCGUCAUCAUGUACGGCUGCUGCUCGGACCCGUACCCGGACAUCACUUACACGGUGCUGCUCAAGCGCCGCUCCUCCUUCUACAUCUUUAACCUGCUGCUGCCCUGCUUCCUCAUCUCCUUCUUGGCGCCGCUGGGCUUCUACCUGCCCGCCGACUCCGGGGAGAAGGUCUCGCUCGGGGUCACUGUGCUGCUGGCCCUCACCGUCUUCCAGCUCAUGGUGGCUGAGAGCAUGCCUCCCUCAGAGAGCGUGCCUCUGAUCGGGAAGUACUAUAUAGCAACAAUGACCAUGAUCACAGCGUCCACGUCACUGACCAUCUUUAUUAUGAACAUUCAUUUUUGUGGGGCGGAGGCAAAGCCCGUUCCUCACUGGGCAAAAGUGCUCAUCAUUGACUACAUGGCUAAGCUGUGUUUUGUGUAUGAGGUGGGCGAGAACUGUACCUCACCCGAGGACUCCAGCACCCACCUCUACACCGAUGAGUCUAUGAGAGGUGGCUAUCAGGAUGAUGCUUACUAUGGCAACCACUACCUUGACAACGGUCACUAUGGAAACAGCCACUACAAUCAACACCAUGACAAUGGAAACUACCGCCAUCACAAUCAUCACAACAACCUUAGCGACAGCAGAUGCCUGGCCCGUGUCCAGAGGAAUGGACCACAGAGGGGUGGGGACAGGAGGGGAAGGGAGCCACCCAUGCCACAUAUCAUGCGAGACUCCAAUGUUCACAUCCCCGCUUAUGACCCUCUAGAGGAGAAACUGAAGGCCAGCGACCUGUCCAUCCCUGAGAAACUCCACGCGUAUGGCUACAACCCAGGCAAUGACUUUAGCCAUGACAGUGCUUGCAGAAGUAGCAACAAUUAUCACAACGGAGGCCCAGUGCGCGGGAGCUGCUCUUGUGGAAUGCCGCAGAAGGUUGUGCGGAACAUUGAGUACAUAGCCAACUGUUUCUGGGAGCAAAGGUCACACCAGGCUAAGGGAGCAGAGUGGAAGAAGGUCGCUAAGGUGAUGGACCGUUUUUUUAUGUGGAUCUUUUUCAUCAUGGUCUUCCUUAUGAGCAUCCUUGUCAUUGGCCAAGCAGCUUGACCUAAGUGGGACAUGUAGGUUGCUUUCUUAGACUGUGCAUCCAAGAGUCCUCAUAGCUCAUGUUUGCAACUCAAACAAGCGACCAGGCAGAGGCUCUUAACUGGGUUCCUGAGUUCAGUAAAGCAGCAGUCACUGCUGAUGUGAUGCAGAUACUACAAUGAAA